AUGGCGCGUAGAAAAUCGGCAAAGAAAGCUGCCCCGGCUCAACAAUCACUAAAUGUAAAAAGAAUGAAGGCAGACACAAGUAGAAAAAAAUCCACUAAACAGUUGGCCGAACAGUUCAAGAAGGUAAGCCGAUUUAUGAACGGAAGUCCCCUAAGGACGCGGAAGCAAAUGCGGGAGAGACUACAGGAAAACCUACAGCAGGCCGGUUCAACAUGCAUUACGCUGAACAACAAUCAACAGCCAAAUGGAAAGAGCCCGGCCUCCUCUAAGGAACCAAAGAAAUCCCGUAAAUCAUCCACCGUUACGAUCGUGAUAGAGGAUUCAGACGAGGAAAAUGACUCCAACCGUGAGGGUGAAGGAUCCCCAAAGCCUUUAUUCUAUCUCGAUCGAAAUCCGGGCAUACGGGAGGCCGAAGUUCCGCUGUACAACGUUUGCCAUGAGAUUGACCCAGGUUCUCCGGCUACAAGCGCUCCGGAUCGCCAGCCGACUAUCAAUGCCAACGAAAGCGUAAUAAUAAUACUUGACAACACUAUCGACCAGACGAUGAACGAUAGCAUGAAGGAGAUGCAAAUCGACUCGAAAACUGUGCCGGCUUCAUCAUCUACAGGACCGGCAGCUAACGCCAGUAGUACGGACGCUGCAGCCACUAUUAGUAGUAGUAGUAGUAACAGCAGCUCGAAUACUAUUACCAACGUACCAAUGCAGUCGGAACCAGAACCAUCAACUUCCGCGUCUUCUAUUGUACUCCCACGCGUUGCGGAAGUGAUUGAUCUGAGUGAUUACUCCGACUCGGAACCAAUGCUUGCGAAUGUCCAGACUUCAACUCCUGCCUUUCCCGCGCUGGAUUGUAUUCCGCUUGGGUUUGAGGUGCAGAAACCACAGCCCAAUAGAAACGGGGACUGGCAAAAGCGAAAUAAGAAAAGUCGUUGGGAUAAAAAACCCGGAGAGUUGGGUAUGUCUAGCAAACCACAACCCUUGCCACCGGCUGUGCAUCACGCUGAAGAAGUUGAAGCGAAAAAGAGGAUGAUAAUCAUCGAUGGGAAUAAUGUCGCAUAUGGCCAUCUAAACGGAAAAAUGUUCUCCGUCAAGGGUUUAGAUUUGUGCAUAAAAUACUUUAAAAGGCUAGGCCAUGAGGUGACCGCUGUAGUGCCUCAAUUUAGAUUAAAGAAGCAUCAAAGUACGGAUUACGUAUUGCUGGAAAAGCUGAAUCGCGAUGGUGAUGUAAUUCUAGCACCAUGUAAGAAUCUUCCCGGGCAGUAUUCUUCGACAUAUGAUGAUCGCCUAAUAUUGUCCGUAGCGGAACAGUUUGAUGGAGUAAUCAUAUCAAACGACAACUUUCGUGACCUUUUGGAGAUUUCUCCAGCCUGGCGAAGAAUAAUCGAAACACGUGUCAUUGGCUACACGUGGGUAAAAGACUGCUUCUUUCUACCGGACGAUCCAUACGGACGCUUCGGUCCUACGUUACAGCAGAUAUUAAAUGGUAAAUCCCCUUAA